AACUUACUAUCAAUACUGCUAAAGCCGGGCGUACACUGUACCAGUUUCUGCCCCUUUCGGGUCAAUUUUCCAGUCAUGUAAAAAUUCUUUGCAUCAGGUCAAGUUUCAGCCUCAUGGUGCGUCCUGCUUCGUUUAGUUGACGGGGCGUAACGAGGGGUGAUCGGCAGUCGGCCAUAUGACGAUGACAAUGACUCGGCUCGUCAUUGGCUCGUCAUUGGCUGGUCCUGGACUGGCCCUUGGCUCGUCAUUGGCUGGUCCUGGACUGGGCCUUGGCUCGUGUUUGGCUUGUCAUUGGCUGUUCCUGGACUGGGCCUUGGCUCGUCAUUGGCUGGUCCUGGACUGGGCCUUGGCUCGUCAUUGGCUGGUCAUGGACUGGGCCUUGGCUCGUCAUUGGCUGGUCAUGGACUGGGCCUUGGCUCGUCAUUGGCUGGUCCUGGACUGGGCCUUGACUUGUCAUUGGCUCGUCAUUGGCUGGUCCUGGACUGGCCCUUGGCUCGUCAUUGGCUGGUCCUGGACUGGCCCUUGGCUCGUCAUUGGCUGGUCCUGGACUGGCCCUUGGCUCGUCAUUGGCUGGUCCUGGACUGGGCCUUGGCUCGUGUUUGGCUCGUCAUUGGCUGUUCCUGGACUGGGCCUUGGCUUGUCAUUGGCUGGUCCUGGAUUGGGCCUUGGCUUGUCAUUGGCUCGUCAUUGGCUGGUCCUGGACUGGGCUUUGGCUCGUGUUUGGCUUGUCAUUGGCUGGUCCUGGACUGGGCCUCGGCUCGUCAUUGGCUGGUCCUGGACUGGGCCUUGGCUCGUCAUUGGCUGGUCCUGGACUGGCCCUUGGCUCGUCAUUGGCUGGUCCUGGACUGGCCCUUGGCUCGUGUUUGGCUCGUCAUUGGCUGGUCCUGGACAGGGCCUUGGCUCGUCAUUGGCUGGUCCUGGACUGGCCCUUGGCUCGUCAUUGGCUGGUCCUGGACUGGCCCUUGGCUCGUGUUUGGCUCGUCAUUGGCUGGUCCUGGACAGGGCCUUGGCUCGUCAUUGGCUGGUCCUGGACUGGCCCUUGGCUCGUCAUUGGCUGGUCCUGGACUGGCCCUUGGCUCGUGUUUGGCUCGUCAUUGGCUGGUCCUGGACUGGGCCUUGGCUCGUCAUUGGCUGGUCCUGGACUGGCCCUUGGCUCGUCAUUGGCUGGUCCUGGACUGGCCCUUGGCUCGUGUUUGGCUCGUCAUUGGCUGGUCCUGGACAGGGCCUUGGCUCGUCAUUGGCUGGUCCUGGACUGGCCCUUGGCUCGUCAUUGGCUGGUCCUGGACUGGGCCUUGGCUCGUGUUUGGCUUGUCAUUGGCUGUUCCUGGACUGGGCCUUGGCUUGUCAUUGGCUGGUCCUGGAUUGGGCCUUGGCUUGUCAUUGGCUGGUCCUGGACUGGCCCUUGGCUGGUCCCCUACAGUUCCUUUUUAGACAUCAAUCUUUGUACUAAAAUAUUUUUUCAGUCAU